AAAAGCGAAAGGGAGGCGCCUUCCGCAAAAGCGCUCGCUUGCUGGGAAGGGUCUACACAAGAACGGUGGUCGAGGACUGUCAGGCGAGACAGUCCUGAGCGCGAACCAAUUUCUCCAAACCCACAGCUCCUUUGGCUUAUAACUAAAGCUCCAUUGAGUUUUUCUUUUUCUUUCUUUCUUUCUUUCUUUCUUUCUUUCUUUCUUUCUUUCUUUCUCUCUCUCUCUCUUUCUUUCUCUUUCUUUUCUCUCUCUCUUUCUUUCUCUCUCUCUCUUUUUCUUUCCAUCCAUCCAUCCAUCCAUCCAUCCAUCCAUCCUUGAUUUAUAACAUCGCCUCUCCUCCCCCGUCCGGUUGGUACUAAAGCUCCCUCCCGCGUCCACUCGCGAACGAACGUGGCGUCUUGCUUUUUUUUUUUUUUUGGUGGCGACUGGGUGAAACCUAACCGAGCGCAGGAAAAAAACUUUUCCGGGGACGGGGGACGAGAGCGGUCGCCUUUGCUUUCUCCGACUCUGCCCCGUUCAGUCCAGCGGAGGGACUUUCCUCCCGUGGAAGCGAGAGCGGUUUGCCUCGAGAGCAAGAGCUGCACCUGCUGGAGCGCUUCCUCCGGCGGGAUCGAGAGCCCCGGCCGUUGCCGUGUCUCUUCGUCCAAUAGAGGGGGCGACUGGAGCGCGUCGAGAAACGCCGGCGGCGCUACAAAAGGAGGCUUCGGUGGGGCUGGCCGCCUUUCUAGUGCCUUUCUCCGAGAAUCGAGCUCGGACCCAGCUAAUUGGGCGCAGACCCUGAAAGGCUGCAGGUUUCGGGGAGGUGAAAAAAGUCCCUUCAGAGAAGGCAGAGGGACCCCUUGGGCUAACCCGGGGGUCGCCCGCAGACUUGGAGGCGGCUGUAAAGGAGACCGGCGGCGGGUUGUCGGACGGCAGCGGGACUGGGAAACCAACCUCUGGAUCACUGUUCCUUUUCUCCCCCCUCCCUCUCGGCUUUCUUGGAGUUCCUGCUAGGGGGAGACGUUGCCCCCCCCUCCGCCCCCCGAAAAAGAGGCUGGGGAAGCUCCAGCUCCGAAUUGCGCUCCCGCGCUUGAAGUGGGAAAGGCUGGCUCUCCUUCUCGCUCGCUUUGAUUGAGAAAUCGACCCUUCUGUUUUCCGGGAUCCUGGGAUGUAAGCUCCUCCAUGUGAGAAAAUCUUCGCCUUUCGCCUCGCCUCCCCCUCCUUUUGCAGAGCAGCUGCUCUUGCUUUUGCUCCCGGUGGACGGAAGAGAGAGAGAGAGAGAGAGAGAGAGAGGAGAGGGUGGGGAUUUCUUUCUUUCUUUCUUUUUCUCUCUCCCCCUCUCCCUUGUAAAUUCAAUGGAUAUGAACUUGGUGGCUUUGGAACCUUGCUGGUUUGGAAUAUCUUAGGUGCUGAGAUCGCCUUCUGGAGCGACGGAAGCAAGUUCGUUGGAGAGAAGGAUUUGUCGAGGAGCAAGAUGCCUCUGGCUACCUUCUACUUGGUGUUGCCCUUAAUGGAAGUGCUCUUCUCGGCUGAAGUGAGUGGGCUGCUUGGAGGAGACCAUCUGGAUUGUGUGAAAGCCAGCGACCAGUGUCUCAGAGAGCAGAGCUGCAGCACUAAAUACAGGACACUGAGGCAGUGUGUAGCUGGCAAAGAGAGCAACUUCAGCCGGGCAGCAGGCCUGGAGGCAAAGGACGAGUGCAAAAGCGCCAUGGAGGCUCUCAAGCAGAAAUCCCUCUAUAAUUGCCGCUGCAAAAGAGGCAUGAAAAAGGAGAAAAACUGUCUGCGUAUUUACUGGAGCAUGUACCAAAGCUUACAGGGAAAUGAUUUGCUUGAAGAAUCACCUUAUGAACCAGUGAACAGCAGGUUAACGGAUAUAUUCAGGCUAGCACCAAUUGUAUCAGCGGAGCCUGUCAUUUCAAAAGGGAACAACUGUCUGGAUGCUGCAAAAGCCUGUAACCUGAAUGAUACCUGCAAGAAAUAUCGAUCGGCGUACAUAACACCCUGUACCUACAGUGUGUCUAAUGAAAUCUGCAACAAGCGGAAGUGUCACAAGGCCCUAAGGCAGUUUUUUGACAAAGUUCCCCCCAAGCAUAGUUAUGGAAUGCUCUUCUGUUCCUGCCGAGAUAUUGCAUGUACAGAAAGAAGACGACAGACUAUUGUUCCUGCGUGUUCUUAUGAGGACAGAGAGAAACCAAACUGCCUGAAUUUACAAGAUAUUUGCAAGACGAAUUACAUCUGCAGAUCUCGUCUUGCAGACUUUUUCACAAACUGCCAGCCUGAGUCACGGUCUGUUAGUAGCUGCCUGAAAGAAAACUAUGCUGACUGCCUCCUUGCUUACUCAGGGCUUAUUGGCACAGUUAUGACACCAAAUUAUUUAAAUUAUAAUAAUCUCAGCGUUGCACCUUGGUGUGAUUGCAGCAGCAGUGGCAAUGACAUAGAAGAAUGUCUGAAAUUUCUGAAUUUCUUCCAGGAUAAUUCAUGCCUUAAAAGUGCAAUUCAGGCUUUUGGCAAUGGUACAGAUGUGAAUGUGUGGCAACCGUUCCUACCUGUCCAAACCACCACAGCUUUAACUACAACAGCAUACAGAUCAAAGACCUAUGACUCUGAGAAUGCCAACAAUGAAAUACCUACUAAUAAUGAUUUGCCAGCCUGUGCCAACAUCAAGGGACCGAAGCAGAGUUUCAAUGAAUCUAUAAUAACGGAACCCUGUGUGACUGGGAACGCAAUUGGGAAGGAAAGUGUGGCAGGAGGCUCCACCAGUCAUAUAUCUUCUGAUCAUUCGUCUUCUCUCCGUGUAAGCGUCAGGUCAAGCACACUUCUUUUGCUGUUGGUGAUUGCAUUCUCAUUCUGUUGGUGCCCACUUUCAGAAGAAACCUUGUAUCUGCUCUAACAAAAGGACCCAUAAAAAGAAAAGAAAGGAAAAGAAAAGAAAAAGAAAUUGAUCUGUCUAUCCUCCAUCUUCCUCUGUUGUUGAUCGAAAAUUACAGUUCUAGGAAUUAAGUUGAAACGCUCCGCUAAACAAUAGGACUGGAUCAAUGUUGUUGUCAUUAUCAUCAUAUUAUAUCAUUACUAUUCUUUUCUAUUUUCAAGGAAAGGUUCUUAGAAGCUUUGCAUAUACUAGAUGCGACACCCACAUUCCAAACAGAGUAGAGUUUUGAACAGGCAGUGUUUGAAAAGAGACAAGUAAUUUGCAUGUAAACCAGUCAAGGUUUACUUUUCUCUCUUCCUCAUUUUAUCCCCCACCCCACCCCGUUUUAACCUGGACCAAGAAGAAAUAAAUCAGACUCUUAAAGUUCUAUUUUUUUUGUAUUUGUCACCCAGGAAUUUUUCCUUUGCCAAACCCAUUAAAAUGAAUGGGAUCUACUGUACACCAUCAUAGGUUUCAGUUAUUUCAAUGUUACUCAGAUAGAAUCUGGGGACAAACCCUGGUUUCCAACAACUUGGAAACAUUGCCAGAAUGGUUAAUAAUUUAAUGGUAUGUUUAUUCCCGAUAGAUUGGGACCCAGUUUAGAAUGUUUGAAAUAUAUGUAUUGAAAGCCUAGAUACUGGAUGGACUGCAUUACAAGAUUUUUUUCAUUGCUCCCUUUGGAGAUAAGACACUGUACAGCAGGCAAAAAAAAACCCUGCAUAAAUUGCCCCUUAGCAGGUUUGGGCUUUUUAAAUUGAAAAACAGUAGGUUGAACAUAUUUUGAGGUGAUUGUGGAUCAGGCUUUUGACAUGCUAUGAACGUCUUCCUGAAAGUUUUUUUUUAUAUUUAACUUAUUCAUGUUUGGCUACCAGUAUUUUGCUGUUUUAGCAUUCUCUUCUAUGUUUGUAUAUGUAUGUAGUUUUGCAGUCUAAAAUGAGAAGCCAUUGUAAAUGAUAGCAGUAUAAUACACAUAUUUUCUUCAAAACUUCUGCAGAAAUAUAAAAUAAUAUUAAACUUUCUAAUGCUAUUUUUAUUUUUGUGGUUAUGCUAAUUCAGCCUUAAGAAAGGUAUUUAAAAACUACAUUAAGAAGAAGCAACUGUUGUAAUGCAAAAUUUGUUUAUCUUUCUGAGGAUAUAUUUUAAAAAAAUAGAAACUUGCUUUUGUUAAAGAAUUUCAACUUUAGCAUUGUUGACCUUCUUUCUGUAAUUAUAAAGUUUAAUUAUUUAACUGGUGAAUGGGUAAAAAGUAUUGAAUUUUGAUUAUUUAAAAAAACACCAUAUCUAUUAAUAUUUACUCUUAGAGAAAGAUAAGUAUAAUUGUUUGCUUUUAAUUUCUUGACCCAAUACAGAAAACCGUAAGCACAGGCAGAAGGCUGUAUCAUGUUUCCAUAUUUUCAGAGAUACAUCCAAUAAAGAUGUGAACACAUAGCAUUCAACAGAUCAUAAUAGUUUCUUGUAUGUGAAAUUUCCUACCCACUUAUUUUUGAACAUGAAAAUAUUUCAGCUUUGGUAAGCAUUUAAUCCUCUGGACAGGGGUAUGUGCACAAAAAAUUACCUUGCACUGGAACCAGAUACUAAAGAUUGAAUCUGAUACACUUGUUGCGAAACCAGUUUUAAGAAUUGAUCAAUGCUGCCUAAAAUCCCAAUAAUACUGAUCCAGGUGUUCUCAACUUUCCAGGUGGGCACUAUACGCAUGCACACAAAAACACACAUUCUCCAUAACCAAGUAUUAUUUCAUCUGGAAAAAUUAUUCCUGACUUGGUAUAUAUUUUUUUAAUAUGUGCCAUUUAAUAUGUACCAUUUUCCUAUUAAAACAUAUGUGACUAUGGCAAUAUAUAACUUUAUGUAUGCCAUGUUCAUGUAUGUAUUGAAAAAUGGAGCUUCUUGUGGUUCUUUCUGACAUUUGUUGAAGGCAUUCCAUAUUAUGUUAAAUCAUUUUCCCUUGUUUAACACAAUCAAGAUGUUAUAUAAUGUCAACUUCUUAUAAUUUGAAAGCAACAGAUAGACAAGGAUAGAAUAGACCUGCUUCCAUUAUCUUGCACAAUGUAUGGAAGUAAAGUCUGAUAUCAUAGAUGCAAAAAUACAAUCAGGAUAAUAAAUGGUUUGCAUCUAAAUGAUAUAAUUUGAAUUGUACAGGACUGUGCAGUUGCAACCAAGUCUAUCAUUUUCUUUUUUCUUUUCAGUUUAAAUUGGUGAGAAAUGGGAAGUAAGAUCAGAAUCUUUAUUGUUUACUUUAAAGGGUUCUAUUUGAAAUAGAUUCAAUUAUUUUGAGCUACGGUCUUGUCCCUGGUUGAUCUGUCAAAGAUAAGAGGAUUUUAUUCGAAUUCUAAAAUAAAAUACUCAAACUUCAGGUAUCAAAUAGAAACAACUUGUUUUAAUAAACUGAUAGCUUGGCAGCUUUUACUGAAAAAGUAAUGGCUAUUGAGCAGUAAUGCUUAGCUCUUAUUUAAUGAAGACUGGCAGAAGUCUAUGUAAGACAAAAUCCAUUAUUUAAAUUUAAUUCCAAAGAAUUAUAGAAUGUAAAGAUUGGAAGGGAUUUCUACCCAACUCCCAUCCAAUACAGGGAAACACUAUACUGUAGCAUUAUUACAGAGAGCUAUCCAGCAUCUCUUUAAAUGUCUUCAGCAAAGGAAAACUUCUCAAGAUAGUCUGUUCUAUUCUUGAAGAGUUCAUACCAUUGGGAAAUGUUUACUGAUGUCCAACUGAAAUCUAGGUCCUUGUACUUUAAGUCCAUUGUCCUUUUUUAUGAAAAGUUACGGCCUGCCCUGUUUUCUACUCAAAAAGCCUUAAUAUAUAUGAAGACAGCUAACUAUACUUCCUUUUCCAGGCUAAAUAUUCCCAUUGCAUCCAAACUUACCUCAUAAGUUUUUUCCUUCACUAAGUCUUGGUUGCUCUGCUUUGGAUAUGCAUCAGUUUAAUGUCCUAAAAUGUGGUGCCUGAUGCUUAUGAUGCUUAUGUAGUAUUGACAUUCCAGUUUGCUCCAGAUGUGCAACCUAUGGCUGCAUUUGCUUUUUCUUUUUCCCUUACAUUUCUUUCCACUGUUAGCUCCUGGUCAUCUUGUGAUCUACAAGACAUCCAUAUGCUUUUUGCAUGUAGUUCUAUCCAGUACGUUACUCACAUCUUGUCCCUUUGAUUUUUCCUACCCAAAUGUACUACUUUUUAUUGUUUUAUUGUACAACUGUUUUUUCUGUGCAAUAUUCUCAUUUUUAUAGAUCCUCCUGAAUUUUAAUUCUAUAUUUAAAAGGUUUUAUAUCCUCCUGUAUAUGUGCAUAGCAUAUCUGUACUGUGAUUGAAUUUAUCAAUUCCUUGUUAUAUUUACAGUUUAAUUUUAUCGCAUAGUCAAGUUAGAAUUAUGCAAAGGUGAGCAUCCUAUGACUAAGAUGUGAUUAUUAAUUUAUUUUUUUCUUGUUCUUAAGAAAUUCCCCAGCUGUUCCAAGCCAACAAUUUUUUAAAAAGACAUGACACUUCAUUGUGAGAUCCAAAUAAAGAUUUUUUUUAAUGAACAAGGUCUAGUCAAAGGUUUAAAUUUGGCUAUUAGAAUCUUUAACACUUUAUAUGACUUUGUAUUAUUUAAGUAGCACUAAAUAUAUAAAUGAUUUGUAUUUAUUAAAAUUACAUAAGUUCUAAUCAAAACCAGAGAAUUAUUUUCUACUUAAGUGUGCAUCCAGAAAUCCACCUUAUUCAUUAAUUAACAAUCAGAAAAUCAUCUGUGUCAUUUUUUUAGUAUAAAGUUCAGGGAAUUUUAGACUAUUAUAGAUUAGUAAUUUUAACCCUUUUGCUCCCUAUAAUUCUUAAUUUGGACAAAAUCAAAUUAGGUUUAGGUUUGUCAUUAACAUUGCCAAAGACAUGAAAUAAAUGCUAACUUUUAAAAAUUAAUUUGUAGGAUAGGUAUGAAAGGCCCAAUCCAGAUCAGAGCCCUCUAUUAUAUAAUUAAGUGAUAAUGUGGAUUAGAUCCUCUGCUUUGUAUGUAGAGGAAUAAGUUUUAAAAGAGCUGCUUUUACUUAGACCAAAGAAUUGGUUCAUAUAUUUCUCUUUGGGGAAGGAAGGAAGGAAGGAAGGAAGGAAGGAAGGAAGGAAGGAAGGAAAGGGAAAGAAAAAAGAAAAGAAAGAAAUAAAGAAGGGGAGGAAGAAAGAGGGAGAAAGAAAGGAAGGAAGACACUUGGAAAUAAAAUUGCAGCUCAUAUGUAGAAACGUGUAUUGAAUGAUGUAAAAAUUCAGCUGUGAUAAUCAUCAUCUUGAAUACAACCAAUCCCAGCUUUCUUCUUUUAAAAAAAUGACUUCUUCUAUUAGAGUCAACAACGCUUAACAGAAAAAUGGCAGAUAGAGCUUUCAUUCACUCUCCAUUGUGCAUCCUGGACCUACUUUCUCCAUAUUUUGGAUCUUGGCCAGUAUUUAUAUUGCUUGUUUUACUUGUGUGAUUCUCUGUAAUUCAAAUUGAAGACUAUUGAUCUCAUGUUUUAAUUGACCUUCGAUUUUAAAAGCAUCAUAAAAUUCUUAAGUAGUUGUUUCACUAAUAAAUCCCUAUGUAUUAAAAUCAAAUAUAGGAGUUGCUAGGUGUCAGGCAGCAUAUAAAUUUAAUAAAUUAUUAUUUUUCAGAAACAAUGUUUCUGUAACCAUUCUGUAACCAACUUACAAACCCUGUAAGUUUAUAUUAUUUCUAUUUCCUUCAGUACUGACAGUUAGCAGUUUUCUACAGUAUAUUCUCAUGUAGCUGGAGAUAGGAUUGCAUCUUAAAUUGCUAGUAAAACAAGCAAACAGGAAAAAAAAAUUAGGUUUUAAGCUAUUAUCUUUGGAUAAAUGCAGAGCUUUUUUAAAAGAAAAUAAUAUGGCAUUGACAAUGUCACUUAGAGCAUUGACUUUGUCAACAGAAUCACUAGUUUGAAGUAUGUUUUUCUGAUGUUUCUUUGCCCAUUUCUGCCUACUCCAACUGCAUGUUAAGUGCUAGGCAAUCCAAUUUUUUUUUCCCUUGAGUUCUCAUUGUGCAGCAUGAAUUUCCAGAUUUUAAGUUACUGUGAAGUUAGGAUAUGUCAGAAAUCUCCUCUUUCAUUGCAAAAUCCCAUUUUGUGGAAGGGGAAUGCAACAGCAGAUUCCUCACUUCAAACAUCUAAAGCUCUACAUCUUAAAAGAUCUUGGUUAUAUUUUCAACCAGUUAUGAAAUAGAAUACAUCAAAUUCAUCCAAAAACUUGAAAUAUAUUUCUUUACUUUACAAUGCCUCACAUCUUAGCUAUUUCGUAUUACCUGUUGUGAAUAUAUUUUUAGGGCAAGCAAUUUUAAACAAUUUAGUAUGUAGAUGCUCAGGGAUCUGUUUUAAAGGGCAAGAUCCUACUCCAGAAUAUAUGUGGGAAUACCUUGAAUCCGGUAUGUUUUUUCCAGAGAUCAUUGGCAGGGAACUCAGAAAAGGGUAUGGUUACUUUAGGCCUUUUCAGGGGCUGCUCUCUGUGUGUCUACCCAUGCUGCAUUUAUGUUUUGCCCUUCAAAACUGGUUUUCUGCACAACCCUAUUAGUUAGUUUCUGAUAAGACUGGAGUCUAGCUUUCAGCAAUCAUUAUCUUUCCUCUUGCAUUAUGCAUUUCUCAGAUUCCAAGCAACGUAUUCCAGCCCUCCAUUUUCUUUAACAUCACCUCAAAUAAAUUUGCUUGUGAUGAACGUGGCAGAAAAUUAAUCCAGCUGACUGUGAAGGAUUUCUCAUCUUUAAAUAUUUGCUUUCACUUACCAGCUCGCUUCCUUCUAUGACAUUUCAAUUAGUGGCCAUUCAAAUACGUUCUGACUUCAGAAGGUCAUUAUUGUUUUGUUCUUAACUGGAUUCGGCUUCUUUAAAAUCACUACUGUAUUUUUCCCCAUCUCAUUUCCUACAUAUUUAUUGGUUUUUAUGCAACAGAAAUCUAAUCUUGCUGUAACCUAUUAAAAUAUUAUUAAAGCUUCCCUGAUCAAGGCUGUUGCUAUUGUUUGCCUGAAAAAAAGUUAUUUACUAUUUUACUUUAUCCCAGGUUGAUCAUCUGAAAUCAAAGUCUAGGUUUAUAAUGAGAAAUAUUUCUUGUAAUACUUAAAGUUGGUUUCUGUUAGAACCCUGAUUACAAUAUAAUAAUUAGAUCAACCCAGUCUAUGUUUCAGAAAAUGAUUGUCCAAUGGAAAAAGGAAAUCUAUGGAAGCAUUUUUUCCCCAUCAUUCAGAAUUUGUAGGUCUUUCAUAUCUUUUCUUUUGUAUUGCCAGAUACAAUUGGCAUUUGGAUCUUUGCCUGAUAUAAGUAAGGUUUUACUCUUUUUCAAAAUUGAUUCAAAUAGGAGAGAAAAGUAAUUAUUUUGAAAUUUUAUAAAUCUCCUGCUCUUUCCUCCCAAAAGGUUUUUGUGACUAUACCAGCUGAAGUCUCUAUCUUUCUUCUGCGGGAGGCCAAUAGAGAAGGUGGUUUUUUGUCAUGCAACCAUUUAGAAUUAUAUAUUGCCUCAAAAUAGCAGCCAAAUUUCCAUGAGUACAAAUGGGAUUUUUUUUUCCUAUCCAGCUUUGCCUUAUUUUAAUGGCUUUAAGUAACUGCAUUACCCCUUUGCUACUGCUUCCUAAUCUGUCAAACAGGGAAUAUCCUAUGGCCUGAUGAAAAAUUGGGUCAUGUACUUAUAUAUGAUUGGUUUCUUAAAACCCUUCCCACCCUGAAGGACAAUCUAAUUUCCUUUCUUGAUGAUGAUGGAUCUAUGUACUAUCUUAAACUUCCACUGAAAAUAUUUAAUCAAGGUGCAUCCUGAAGAAGUGGUUUGAUGAUGAAGGAUAUCCAAAGCUUGUGGGUAUUUCUGUCUAUUAGGCUGACUUAUAAACAGAUGUCGGCAAUUACUAUUGCCUAUCCAAUAUGCCUGUUUUAGCAGUAUUUGUGGUUUUGCUUGUAAUGAUGAGUUUCAGGAUUUUUCUUUCACAAACUACAGGACCAUGGGGAAACAAAUAUUGGUUCACAGGGACUGUGAUAAUGCUGCCGCUCCAAUUUCUAUCCAGUAGCAGUAAAUCAAAUGUUGGAGGCAAUGAUCUGUUUAAAAAACAUUGUGCGUUCAUGGAAUAUAUGGCAAGGGAGACUAUAUAUCGAACAGAUGAUUGAAACUGAAUGAGUGUAUCACUGCAAAACUAGAUCAUGAGAAACAAUAAUUGUGAGUACGACAAUUGGGGACAACAUUCAUUGAGACUCAUCAGUCACAUUCCAAUAUAUAUAUUUAGGACUGAAGACCCAAUAUAAUGGUAUUGGUUGUCAUUUCACCCAAAUAUACCUCAAAGUCUAGUUGAAUGUAGUUAGAAGGUAGGGCAUUCUCCUUCAUUUUAAAUUAGAAUUGGAAUCUAAUCUAUAAUUUGAUUCUCCUUAUUGACGAAAUACAAGUAAUCCUCAGAUAAUAGAAACAGGCAUUGCCUUGCAAUUUGAUUUCUCUGCAUUUUGGUAUGUGGGCCAUUCACCCAUGCAAGUAUGUCACUGUCCUUUUCUGCAUGAUCAAACAUGGCAGCCACCAUUUUUCAUUUACCUAAGCCACAGGUUAUGUAACCUAGGAAUCACUUAUAGCAAAUUUUCUAUAUCAGGAAAGGAUUAAACCACAAUAGAAGCAUCUUCUCAUUCUUCCUUGUCUUCCUCAUGCUUAUGAAUUUCCCACUGCACCUGAUGAAUUAAAUGGGCAGAAAGGUCGGCAGUUCGGCGGUUCAAAUCCCUAGUAUAGGUCUCCUGCAUGAGCAGGGGGUUGGACUAGAUGACCUCCAAGGUCCCUUCCAACUCUGUUACUGUUAAACUUGAUCUAACACAGCAGGCACUUACGUUGUAUGCUUCUAUUCUAAGAUGAUUCUCUUGGGCUUUUUUCCGUUUAACAAUUUCAAUACCCAAACAAUUCAUACAUUUCAAACACGGUGACUAAUCAAAAAGAAAAAGCAACAUAUCAAACAGAUUUCUACACUAAAUGUAGAUGCAUGAAAGGGUGAGUAGUAGAAGAUUGUAUCUAGUGUACAGAUAGUAAGUUCUUUCAGCUUUGACUAAUUUCCUAUGUGUGUUGUGGAAAUCAGAUGGUUCUGAUUCUAAUGAUGUUUUCAGACAAAAGCUUGUAGUGCUGUCCAAUAGUCUCAUCCAACUAUUCCAAUUUCCCUACUGUGAUAAACAAAAAGUGGGUGAUGUAUUCCAAAACAUGAGUAGGGUGUAUUACAUGCAGAGCUAUGACGUCUUAGUAAAAUUCCAUAGGCAAGGCACAGCAAGCCAAAUUACAUUUCUUCUUGGAAAUAUAUUUGAUGUUGUUGUUCCAGGAUCCAAAAAUUUAUCAGAAUAGAAGUCUUUACCUAUUUUGUCUGUUGAAUGAGUGGCAUAUACAUUAUUUUAAUUAAAUAUUCAAGACUGUUUAUAUGUUCAGCCCAUAACACUCAAAGAUUUAAAGCAACAUUAAUGCAGAGAUCCAGAUUCAAAGGGUAAAAUACAUUAGAGUAUGUAUGAGCACUGUCACGAGCACUUAAACCAAACAUGCAUUUUCUUGGGCUCACAUGGCAGCUGCAGUUGUUAUACCUCUAAAUUGUAUGAUAUUGUUUACAUCAUAUGUACAAAUAGUCCCACAAGAAGCCUAAUUCAUCUGUACAGAAUACUGCAAUAUUUAAGAGUAAUUUGUUUACCAAUGAAGUUACAUUUUCAUCUAGGAUAUUGAAAUAAGUGACUUUCCCCAUAUCAAAAAUAAUUGUCUAAAUGUUAUGCUUUGUCUAAGCUAUAUGUAAAAAGAAUGCAAAAAAUAAUAAAAUAUUCAAUUUCUAAACUACUCUUCACAAAUGUUUCUGUUUUUAGUAUUUGAGGAUCAGACAGAAGGUAAAUACAGUGGUAAGGAUACAAAAAGUGUAUGAUAGUUACUUUUUUCUCAUUCUGAUUGUUUACAUUUUUCCUUUAAUAUUCGUACACCUGUCUAUGAAGCAAGGAACUUCAAUAUUUUUUGUGAAUUAAUAUUCCUGCCUUACUAGACAGAGAGUCUGCUAGUAAUCUCUGUAUAUUCUUUUUUUCCCCCCACCCUUACAAUAUUGCUCAGAAGGAGGCCCAAAUGCCUUCAGAGAUUUCCUGGAAGAUCUAGGAAAGCACUGACUGUCUACUGGGAUUUCUUUGAAACCAUAUGCCUCAAGUUAAAGUGAAAGUAUUAGUUUUGGUUAAUCUUACUCAAGUUGGGGAAAGGGCCUGUUUCCUUUGCCCAGGAAUAUAUAAACAUUUGUGUUAUUUUUGUAUAAUUCAAGUUGUCAUGAACUGUCACAGAAAAUAUAAUACAUAGUUUGUAUUAAAUAACACUAUAUUCUAUUAAACUAUUAUAGGGAUGAUUUGGAGUAAGGAGUAAAAUCAAAGAUAGCUUUUGAUUACAGAUGAUGAAAAUACAUUGAAUAACCUCUAGAAUAUAAGGGCAUUUUUUUCUAGAUAUGGUUUGAAAGACAAAUUUGUCUUAGUUUCCAGUUGAAGGCAGUCUAAAAGUGCAUCUUUUACUAUUCUGAUGUAAAUUAUAUGUAUGUUGUCCUACAAAAUUCUGUGCCCUCCCUUCUUGCAGUUCAAAAUUUGUCAGGUAUCUCAAUUGUUCUGCUGGGUACAAAGGUGUCUGCAGGAUAUGGUUUAAAAAAAGCCAAGAUGGUAGCAAUACCGAUGUGAUAGAAUCUCCUAUUUUUAUAUGUGAGUCUUCAAUCACAUCAGCAUGGCAGUCAGAUUGACUUUUUUGGCUAUAUCCUGUGGACUCCUUUGGCUGGGUACAUUGUUGUUAAGGAACAAAUACCAUAGUACAUUGACUGUUCACACUGACAUUAACAAGACUUGAAGUAAGGACUUGGAUAGUCCAAAUUUUGGAAGUGAUUUUGUGAUGUUUGAUUUUCUUUUCCUGUUGGCAUAAUGCUUGUAUGCUAUUUAAAAAUGUACAUAUCUGAAAGAAGGAAAAGCCACCAAAUGAACGUUGUCUCUUUUUUUAUUAAAAAUUAUAGUAAGAAUUA